AUGUAUUGUACAGAAAUGUCUUUCACGCACGGCGACUAUACAGUCGCAUGGAUUUGCGCCUUGCCGUUGGAACUAGCAGCAGCAAAGACUAUGCUGGACGACGUUCACCCUCCGCUUCCCCAGCCAGAAUCCGACCACAAUGUCUACACACUUGGGAGAGUUGGCAGCCACAAUGUAGUAGUGGCCUGUCUGCCUGGUGGUGUCUAUGGGACGAUAUCCGCUGCAGGGGUAGUGUCACAUAUGGUCUCUACCUUUCCAACUCUCCGGUCCGGUUUCGGAUUGAUGGUGGGUAUUGGGGGCGGAGUCCCGACCCCAAGAAAUGAUAUUCGCCUUGGCGAUGUUGUGGUCAGCAGGCCAACUACCACUUCAAGUGGCGUUAUCCAAUUUGACUACGGCAAGACACUGCGCGGCGGACGAUUCCAGCACACCGGGUCGCUUAAUAAACCUCCACCAGUGUUGUUGAAGGCCGUGUCUCAAUUAGAGAGUGGUUGUAUGACCGGGAAAAGGCCGACCAGCGAAAUUUUGGUUGAUACACUGCACAAAAGCGAAAAGAUAAGAGAAGUGUUUUCGCGACCGAAAGUCGACUGA